AUUCUACAGAACUUCAGUACCUUGCCAACAUUACUCGAAUACGGAUCAAACAUAACUAGAACUUUUAGACAAUUUCUAAUUUCCAGUUUUACAACUCAUUUUCAAAAUGUCGAAAAUUUAUCUGAAGGCCAUGGAGGAUGUGGUGCAGCGGAACACGGACAAUACGAACCGGAUUACGGAGCAGGCGCAGGGAUUCGUCGUGUCGGAGAAUGCCGGAGACAGUCUGCUGCACACUUCCUUCGAUUUGACCACGGCCCAGUCGAUUGUGAAGCACCUGCACGCCAGUUUCCUGAAAUUGGCCCAGAGCUGCGUCCGUGAUCUGGACACCGAAGAUAAGCUGUGCUUCCUGCGCGUGAAAACCCGCAAGCAGGAAUUCCUGGUUAGUCCAGAGGAUGCCUUCACUGUGACCGUGGUAUUGUAAUCCCCCGGCCCAUUUGGGGGUCAACGCAGUUGGGACAUUGUUGCUCGCCGGAGGACAAGCGAUAGAAACACUAACACACCCACUAUCGCUACUGCUGUCUCACUCGCUCAAUGAUAAUGCUUUUGUUGCAGAUCGCUGUACAUGUUUAACUCACCAUCCCCCCCCCCC